CGGUCGGUUUCUGCCAUUUACGAUGCGGCGCUUCAAAUCAGUCUACAAGUUGGCUUAUUCGCGUUUGUUCGAUCGUUGGGCGAUAAGCGGAUGUCUGCAAACAACCAGGCAGGCAGUGAAAACACAAGUAAGUUGUUGUUAGUGACCAAACAAGUGAGUGUGAGUGAGCAAUAAAAAAGUUGUCGCCGCCGCCGGGCCAGAACCAGCCACCAGACAAAGGUGGUGAAUAAAACAAGUGGGGAAAAGAGUAAAUAAAACAACAACGAUAACAAAUGUGAAGUGAAACAAAACGCAAAACAACAAGUAAGCGAAGAAUAAUGAACUUGUUUGUAUUGCUGAUGCGUUACCAGCGCCGUCGAUGGCUGGCUUGUUCUUGUUUUUAAGUAUUUUGGCCACCAUCAUCAAAGUUGGCAGAUAAAUGCGCCGCAAUUGAAAAAAAAAAUACCUAUAAGUACUAUAUAUACCACAAGAGUUGCAGAAAUUAAAGAAUCUUAAGUUUAAUAAAAAAUACUACACAAAAAAGUGAUAAAGAGCAAAAUACGUGAGUGACUGAGCGAGUAAAGGCAUUAAAUUUUAUGGCACUAGGUACUAAACCAGCAAGUAAAACACAAAAAAAGUUGUAAAAAAAAGAAACCAACUGAACAAAACUGGUACAACAGCGCUAACCGGACUGGGUGGUGCCGUGAAAAAAACCGCAAACGAAUAACUACGCGCAUAUUUUAAUCAUUUCCUUAUUAUAACUUACGGCUUGUAUCCUUUGUUGUUGUUUCAUGUGUGGAAUAACGAUACAGCGGUGAUAUUUUUUGAGCAAUUUAAAGAAGAGUGUUGUUGUUCAUUUAUGCACGUCUAUCUUGUUGCUGAUUUGUUACACAAAUAAUAACAAAAAUUCGCAAUAUCAGCGCAAAUGACAAAGUUGCCCCUGCAGCAAAACAAAUGAAGUGCAACUGCAGUUAUCGUUGCUUUUGUUGUGUACAUGCGUUUAAGCUUGGGUGUGUGUGUUUUUCGUUUUCGUGCAUUCUGUUGUACUGUGAGUGUUUUUGGCUAAAAUAAAAAUUUGUUUACGCUUUGAAAUUCGAGCUAGCAGAAAUGCGCUGAACACAAAAUUAUGCAUUUUUAUGGUGAAGAUCGCAAAAAGCAGUGGAAGUGAUAAGUACAUACGUAUCUACAUGAUCAACUAUUUAUCGACACGCUGCAUUUACGUUGCAGCAAUAAACCCCAACUCAACUAAAAACCAACUAUUUAACUACCAAUAACAGAAAACCAACAAAUACAAGUAGAGCACUUGCGCAUGUGCACGUAUAACCAACGUUCGCGCAGACUAACAAGUGAACGCACAUAUUUAUACAGCGUACAAACAUUUGCCAUACAAGCGCGCCACUAUAGUGUCCGUCAAAAGUCAGCCAACCGGUCCGCAGCGCACAAUCCAACGCAUCAAAUCUUAACUCGUUCCAUUCAAUCACCACUUCAAACCAACUAAACCAGCGUCCAACUGCUAACCUCACUAACCGCUACAAAUCAGCAUUUCCCUCACACAACACACACACACUUUAUACAGCACUGCUGCUUUGACCACCAGUUCACUGAUCGCACAGUGUACGCGCGUUCUGCAAAGCGAACGUUUGGCGGCCCAAACAGCUGUUGGCCUUUUUGAGGCAACCACCAACACGCUUCAGUCGCCAGCAUGUAAGCAAUAGCUUAUGUGCUGGUGCUGCUUACAUAUGUGUCCCAUCGCAGAGGGGAUUAAAGAGUGCUAAAUGUGCUCAUCGCCGUUUCGGUGAUCGCUGCCUAAUAAUGUAUAGACUGAACUAACUAAGGCCACCAUACACUUACUUACAUUCAUACAUAUGCACAUAAAUAGGACUCUUGAAAGUUGUGUAUAUGCGCAUGUAUAUGUUUGCGCACAUGAGAGCAAACCAUUACCAUUUUCACAAGCAUUGUGUUCAUUUCAAAAGCAAAAAAGACACUUCUUGAAUACGCAGACUCAAAAGGAAAAAAACUACAACAGAAAAAUGCACGAGCUCUUCACAAAAGUACUCUCCAAACGUGAUCUAUCCCGUGCUGGCGAUCUUUUUUCGGUACCAGAUUCGGAAAUCGUCAACGACAUCAGCGAAGUGCUUUCCGACAUCAGUCCGAUUAUUUCACAUCCGGACUACCUCAAAAACAAUAAUGAUCAGUCAGUAGUGGAGAUUUGUGUUACUCGUGUGCUCUCUUGCAUACGCGAGACAAAGACUGCAGAACGUUAUUGUGCCGCAUUGGUUGAUUUAUUGAAGACAUGCUUGUUGUGGAACCUCCAGCCGGCUGGAACGGCUAAAGAGGAUCCACCACAUGCCAAAAUCGCCGCCGAUAUUAUCUCGAGUAUAUUUUUGAACUAUGACAAAAAGGAGCUGAUGAAAAUCUCGCUACCAGUCGCCGUGCAAUUUCUGCCGAAAGGUAACCGUGAAUUGUCCCGAAACUUGGCAAGUUAUCUCUCCUUAGCAGCCAUCGAUUAUGCCUACUUGCUAAGCCCACAUGUAACUUCCAUUAUGGACUCCAUUAUGUCUGGUAAUUUCGGUUUAUUGCGCGUGCUUUCACAAAUUUACGAAGUUUCGCCAGAUGAAGUGUCGCCUCACGCACCAGUACUGAUUGCGCUGCUGCCACAGUGUGACUCACAGGAAAAACUAGCUGUUUUGCAAUUAUAUUUGCUUAUUGCGCAAAAGACACCUGCGGUACUUGAAAACUGCGUGCCACGUCUGUGCGAAUUGUUGUACGACAACGAAACUGCCACAAUAACAAUGCAGAUUUUACUGAAAAUUUCAGAGCAGCGCCCGCUUUUGAUAGUUGAACAUUGCGAAAAAAUCAAAGCGGCCAGCAAAGCAAAUCCGAAUACCGUUUCCUUGGCAGCUCAAAUACUCGCUUCCGCCGGACGCACGAAUAAGGAACACGCCCAGUACGCACUUGAUUUUGUGUUAGAACACUUGCCACAUGCAGAUCGCACAUCACAAACGAAUUUACUGCAGGAGGCCACCAAGCUAUGCUCAUCAUUUCCCAUAUUGUUCACCGAUAAGGUGCUCGCUUGUGUACGUCAAAAGAACGCACUAAGUCAGCAGAAACUCUCCACGUCCGACAUUAAUAUGGAUGUAAGCAAUAAGACUUCAGGUGGCGUGACAAUUGUGAAUUUGAAUAGCCCAACAGAGCCGCCACCGCCAACACCAACUGCAGCUGCAGCAGUGGUGGCCACAGUGCUGAAUACAGUAGCCACGGCCAAUCAUAAUAAUGUGCCCAACACCUCAGCCACAUCGAUACCAAUCACUGCCGAUCCAGUCACCAGCCCAACAACCGUCUCGGUGGCGGCAACCACUGCCACCACAGGUCGCAUGCACAAGAGCAAAAAUAAGAGUCGCAGCAGCCCCAGCAGUCCAAAGGAUGGCAGUCGCAAGGCUUUACUAAGCGCACAUUUAAAAAUUCCAACAGCUCAACCAACUCAACCAACUGCCGUGAACACAAACACAACGUUUAUACAACAGAGUCAUAACGCUGCCGUGACAGGUGCACCGCCGCUUGUGCCACCCACUCCGCCACAUACUGGUUAUACGCGACGCGUCAAGCUGGGAGACUCGCGCAGCACUGGUCGUCUGCACCCGACUGGCAAUACGCACCGCAGCAUGACGCGUCUCAAUGUCGCCGGUGGCUCGGUGGGCGGCCUGCACAAGAGUAUGACGCGACUCAGCUCAUCACAGCAUAUUAACCAAAAUGGUGGUUCAAGCUCGAACAAUGCAAAUAAUUCGCAAUCUAGCGGCAAUGUAGUGGUACAAACGCCUACAGGCGCCAGCACCACAACUGUAGGCGCUGGUGCGUUGCCCAAAACUCCGACCAGCCCCAGCAGUCCAGGAUAUGUGACACCUGUGCCACCGCUGAGUAACAAUGUCAUUAUUACUGGUCACAAUAAAUGGGGUAUUCCUUCGACACAGGUGACAUCUGGUGGUGUCACAGUGACGACGUCACCCACUAAAGUCAGACCGCACUCACAGGGCCCUACUACAUUGCUGAACUCAAGCACGGCGAUGUUAAAAUAUAGUACUGAUGCAUUAAAUCAGUCAAUUGGUUCAAUUUCCAUACCACAGAAUGCAGUUUCAGUGCAUCACGCCUCGCCAGCACUGCCUCAACAAAACAAUGGCAAUCAGAAGUCUGUGAUGAAAUUACCCGUAAAUGGAAAUAGUACACAUGAAGUGAUCGUCUCCGGACCCACAACCAAUAUGACACCACGGCGAAACAACAACAACACUAGUCGUACACUACUCAAUGCAAACAAUAGCUGUAUUUUGGAUCAACGUAUGAGCACUUUUGAACCCUAUCAGAUAAUGCGCGAUCCGGUGCAGCAAUUCUGCGAGAAACAUUUCGGUUCAAUUAAGUCGUACAUGGACGAUGUAUCACAGUCGCUGCCGCCGCCAACGCGUUGCAGCAUUGAAGUUUCGAAUGAAUUUGCAGAGCGUCGCACGAAAAAGGUUGCCAAACUGCACUUCGCCUGUCAGAUACGCGGCCCCCACUGUAUGUACUCGAAGGCCUGCUUUACGAUGCGCACGCGCAACCCCAAAACCUGGAUACAUUUAAUGUUUUUGGAUUUCCAAGUGCGACAUUAUGUGAAAGAAAAAACCGUUCUUAGUACUCGUGAGCCCGGUAUCAGCAAUUUGAAGAACAUUUGGCAAAUACUCAAGUGCGAGAACCGCAGUUUCACCGAAUUGGUCACCAGCCAGUUUCCCAAUGCAAAGGAUCGUGAGAUUCUCGUUAACGAAUUACGCCACUCUGGCUUCUUGGAUGUGUUCGAAGUCUCCAAGACGGACACGUCCAACCCAAAUUGCAAUGAAUUAGAAUACCAAUGGGGUUGUCUGCUGUGUAAUCAUCCCGAUAAAGCCGUUGGCUUUCUCAAUGGUAGCAAUCAGCCAAUGAUCGAGGGUCAGCUGAAGGAAAAGAAAGGCAAAUGGCGUCUAUUUCGACGUUGGCGCACAAGAUAUUUUACGCUCUCUGGCGCACAUUUAUCAUGUAAAGGAUCGAGUGGCGGCGAAAGCAUAGACGUAAAUCAAAUACGCUCCGUCAAGGUAUCGCGCGGCGCUCGCAACAUACCGAAAGCAUUCGAAAUAUUCACCGCCGAUCAGACAUUAAUACUCAAACCCAAGGACGGCAAAAAUGCCGAGGAAUGGGUGCAAUGCCUAAGCAUUGUGGUGGCGCAUUCGCAGGCCCGUGAUAAUCCCACUGCGAAAACAAAUAGUCUGCCCGCACGUGGCAUGGGCAGCAGCAAGCCAUCGUUUUAGUAAAACAUACAUUAAUAAUAU